CAACGCCCUACCUUGACUCGCCGCUACGAAAGACGAAAUUCCGGAAUCCGGGGGCCGUCCUUCAAGGCUACCUUUACCAUUAUAAAAUGGUACCUAAAUUGGUUCAGCGUCAGUCAACUUGUAGCAUCUUUGACAAAAAUAUCAACAUGAACUCCUUCGGUCUCGUAGCUCUCUUCGCCUGUUUGGCCGUAGCAAAUGCAGGCUUAGCAGUCAUUCCGGGCUCAGCCAAAAUCAUCCAAGCACCCAGCUCCAGAACCACCGUAGCCGGUCCAGAUGGCAGCUUGAUCCAUUCCGAGCAACCCGGAGCCUCCAUCAUCACCGAGGACUCCCCAGCUAUCGUAGCUAGAUCUGAACCCCUUAUCGCUGCCCCAGUAUCUUACUCGGCUCCCCUCGUCUACUCAGCUCCUUUGGCUUAUUCAGCUCCAGUGGUGCACGGCUACUCAGCCCCCCUGGCUUACUCCGCCGGUAUUGUAGCUGAGAAACAAUUGGACACUCUCGUAGCGGGACCCUCUGGCACAAUCGCCACUAGUAAGACGGUUCAUAGUCCAGCUUUGGUAGCUGCCGCCCCGCAAGUCUACGCCGCUGGUCUUCAUACGUAUUACUGAGAUGCCAUAUUAUAUAGGUUGACGGGUUUCAAUAGGAUCUAAUUUAUUUUUAGGGUGUAGUAAUAAAAAAAGGAAAAAAUGUGAAAAUAAUUGUGCAAUAAAAGAACUUGAAUUUUGAUAAUUUA